GUUACGCCGUCAAUCACAUCACACGCCGGGCUGCUAUUAACAGCUGAGCUCGCUGGACAAGUUUGCGGAGUUUUGUUUCAGGGUCCAGCAAGGUGCCGAGUUGCUUGGUCGUGUUUAUCCUGGUGCAGCGAGCUCAAGGCGCUUCACAUUGCUCUGCUUUUAAGUUUUACUUUUACCUUUAUUAAAAGGGUGAUCCAGCCCUUAAAGAACAGCUAAAUGUAUAACGUGAUGGAAAGCGAGAUAAAGACGUCGCUACCGCAGCCCAACGCGGGCGGCAAGAACAGCGGGGACAGCGACCAGGACCGGAUUAAGCGUCCAAUGAAUGCUUUCAUGGUGUGGUCCCGGGGUCAGCGCAGGAAAAUGGCUCAAGAAAAUCCCAAAAUGCACAAUUCGGAGAUCAGUAAGCGCUUGGGCGCCGAUUGGAAACUCCUGACCGAUGCUGAGAAACGACCCUUCAUCGAUGAGGCCAAGCGCCUACGGGCCAUGCAUAUGAAGGAGCACCCGGAUUAUAAAUACCGACCCCGCAGGAAGACCAAGACCCUUCUUAAGAAGGACAAGUACUCCCUGUCCGGUGGACUCCUAGCGCCAGGUGCCAGCGCCGUGAACAGCGCCGUCUCCAUGGGACAGCGGAUGGACAGUUAUGCUCACAUGAACGGCUGGACCAACAGUGCCUACACCCUUAUGCAGGACCAGCUUGGCUAUUCCCAGCCGCACAGCAUGAACAGUCCGCACCUCCAGCAGAUGCACCGGUACGAAAUGGCUGGCCUCCAGUACCCCAUGAUGUCCUCCACCCAGACAUACAUGAACGCCGCGUCCACGUACAGCAUGACCCCCGCGUACGCGCAACAGACCUCCAGCGCCAUGGGUUUGGGAUCCAUGCCCUCUGUGUGCAAGACCGAGCCUAGCUCACCUCCACCCGCAAUAACCUCGCACUCGCAGCGGGCUUGCCUGGGGGACCUGCGGGACAUGAUCAGCAUGUAUCUCCCUCCGGGUGGGGAGGGAGCGGAGCACCCGGCUUUGCAGAGCAGCAGGUUGCACGCUGUCCACCAGCAUUACCAGAGCUCAGCUGCCGGCGUUACGGCGACGCUCCCACUCACCCACAUCUAAAGACUCCGCACCUCCAGUACCUGAACUCUUAAACUCUGAACUGCUUUGGAGAUGGUUUUUAAUCCCGUUGAGUGUUUUAAUGGUGUUCAUCCGUGCUACCCAUGGACUUUGAAAUCCAGCGGUACCUCCCUGGGGGAAGCCGGACUUGUCUGUCAAAAUUAAUUGUAAUGCUGUUACGGGAAGGAUGGUGUCUCUCGGGGGCAUUUUGCUUUCGGUAGUUUUGUGAUGAGGGAGUUUACCACUGUUCACGCAUGUUUGUCUCGGCAGUACUCCACCUGGGUGUACACUACUGUGUACUGUCUGUUUUUAUGAACUAGUUUUUUAAACGAAAGCGCCACGAGAGUCGUUUAAUUUAUAGUAUUUUUUUAAACUUUUUUAAAUUUCGCCAUGUUCCUGUAUACCUUGUCUGUGAUAUUUUUUUACGCGCUUAUCACAGGCUUGGAGACAUUGCGGCUCCGAUUUCUUCAUGUUUGAAGACAUUUCUGAAAUGAAUAAAUUUGUACAAAAUCA